UGUCUCACUAACACAACAACGACGGCUCUGUAAGUGAAAUUUAUUGUGACUAUAGACAAUUUUUGUGUGCAUUAAUAUAUUGUUAUAGUAGAAACGCAAGCCUUAAUCACCAAAUUUACCGGUGAUCGAUAGAUCUCAUCGGUGAAUACAUCGAUAAAGAAGAUAAAUUAGGAAAAGAAAUAGUCCGUUUAGGGGGAGAGAGAGAGUUUUAGUUAGAGGGAUAGUGGGUGGGUCGGUGCGGAAGGCGAUAUUUCGGGACGCGUAAGUAAACCCACCACGACGGAGUGCCCCAGGCAGCAGGGGCCACAAGCUCGUGUUUCGGGGAAGGACGUGGUUCCCCCCGCCAAGCGACGCUGGGUCCCCCCUUCUACUUUGCGCCAUCAAGAUGCAAACAGUACGCCGGAGAGUCGUAACGACAUCGUCUUCAGGAAGGUGCGCGGCAUCCUCAACAAGCUCACUCCCGAGAAAUUUCAGAAGCUGAGCGAUGACCUGUUGCGCAUCGAGCUGAGCUCGAGCGUUAUUUUAAAGGGUGUCAUUCUGUUGAUUUUCGACAAGGCCCUCGACGAGCCCAAGUACUCGUCUAUGUACGCACAGUUGUGCAAGAGGCUGUCUGAGGAAGCACCUAAUUUCGAACCGGCUAACAGACCGUGCACCUUCCGUGUCUUACUGCUUAACAAGUGUAAGGCCGAAUUUGAGAAUCGAGCCGCCACUCUUGACCAGUACGGACAUGGCGAUAACACUCUCGAAGAGGAAGAACGUCGGCAACUCGCCAAACGGAAAAUGCUUGGUAACAUCAAGUUUAUCGGAGAACUUGGCAAACUGGAAAUACUUGCGGAAGGGAUUCUUCACAGGUGUAUACAAGAACUUCUUAUUACAAGAAAAGGUGACGACCCAUCGGAAGACUUGGAAUGCCUCUGUCAAAUAUUACGCACUUGCGGCCGAAUCUUGGACACAAACAAGGGCAAAGGGCUGAUGGACCAGUACUUUGAACGGAUGGCGCUUCUCGCCGAGAACCAGGAACUCGCACCGAGGAUUCGUUUCAUGCUGAAAGACGUGAUCGAUCUGCGGCAAAACGAGUGGGUGCCGCGCAAAGCGACUAUCGUCGAGGGCCCGAUGCCGAUACACCAGAUUCGGCCGACAGAGGACGACCGAGUCGGCUUCCGUAGGGACCGCAACCAAGAUUACCGCUCCGAUAUUGACCGUUCCGGUGGACACGACAUCUUCUGGAACCCGAUGAAGCUGCGUAGCGGCAUCGACGAGAUGCUGAUGAAUAUCAGCACGUCCGGAACCAAUCUUAUCCCAUCCUUCGGAUCGAACGGAUUCGGCGGACAGAGGGACUCUGGUGGUUAUAGAAGCCACAAUAAUCAACGAAGCGGCUACAAUAACUAUAAUAAUCAACGCGGUCAAUACAAACAUAACCAGAACAAUACCAACUCACAAUACAAUAAUCAAUCUAGUAAGGAUAUAGCACCAAGAUUUAAGAAAAACUUUAUAAUGACCCACAACUUUGGAGAGUUAGAACUUCGUCCAGCAUCUUACUCACUCUCCAAUAAACCAAUAAAAAAUUCGAAUAAUGUCAUAAAUAACACACGUCCCAUUGAUCCUUUACCACAAAGUACACCAAAACAAGCGCCUGCACCUCUUUUAAAAGAGGUCCCAAUCAAACAAGUAUCUACUGAAAAACCUAAACAGGCUAAAAAAGAUAAGGGUCCAAGUAAAGAUGAAGUAAUCAAGAAAUAUAUGUCAUUAAUAGAAAAUUAUUUAAAAGGUGACACAUCCCUCGAAGAUACAAUCAGUAAUUACAAAGAAAACAAAGUGCCCGAUAAGUUCCUUAAAGAAGCAAUUACAAACAGUUUCAAAUUAUCAUUAGAUAAAACAGACGAUGAUCGUACGAAACUAAUAAAACUGUACGCCGCCUUAAGACAAGACAACAACAUCGGGAACACCGUAAUUCACGACGCUUUUAAAACACUUUGUAACGGCCUUGAUGAGUGCGAAAAUGAACUAACUCAAAUAAUGAGUUCGGUGGCUGUUAUAUUUUCUGCCGCCGUUGCGGAACGAGUCGCCUCAUUAUCAGAUAUAGCUAAUUUGACGGAUAACGGCGUUCAUUAUCCGCUUUUUGUACUUGUAUUGCAAGAACUUUACAAAACGAAGGGUCAAACGGAGUUAUACGAAUUGUUUACAAACAGCAAAGUACAACUUUUAUCGCAAUUACCGGAAAACGAUCGGACGAAAGAGCGAUUGGCGGAAGUACUCGAGGAACGUGAUUUAACGUUUCUUUAUCCGCUCGUUCGGAUACAAGCCGAGUUAUCCAAACAGUUACAAGUCGAUCCUAAUCCUCAGGUCUUUUAUAAAUGGAUUAAGGAAAACGUUGAUUCUGUUAAUUAUACUAAUCCCGGAUUUAUUAAUGCACUUAUGACUGUUUUGCUCAAGUAUAUUUCACAGGAAGCAAUUGCAACGCCGUUAGAAGAUGAUAAAACGGCGGCGGACGUGGAACGUGGUCUUUUAGAAAAGUACCAACCCAUUUUACAUUCGUUCUUACACGAACACUUGAACCUGCAGUUGAUCGCAAUCUAUUCGCUGCAGGUACAUUUCUUUUCGCUCGGGUUUCCCCGCGGACAAAUUUUACGUUGGUUUAUGGCUUUAUACGAUUUGGAAAUUGUUGAGGAAGAGGCGUUUCUUAACUGGAAGGAGGACGUUACAGAUGCUUAUCCAGGAAAAGGAAAUGCAUUGUUUCAGGUAAAUUCUUGGUUAACAUGGUUACAAGAGGCAGAGUCAGAGGAAGAAGAGGAGGGUGACGAAUAAUAUAAAGAAAAAGUAAAAAAACAGAGAAAAGAAAAAAAUGUUUCGCGCCGUGCAAAAGUGUAAAUUAUUAGAAAAAGAACCUAAUAAAAAUACUCUCUGAAGUAAAUUAAUUGAACGCGCGUAAUAAAAGAAAAAACGCGUAUAAUAAAGAAGGGAGCGAGGACAACAACAAGAAAAUAAAACAACCCCGGCACAUUCGUCCGCCCAACCUCAAAAAAAAAAAUAAAAAAAUACAACUUAUAACACAAAAAAAGCAUGAACCGAUAAUAACCUAAUUAUUAAAUCGAAAUCUUUGUUUUGAUUUAUAUGUUUAGGUAGCCGUUAAUGAAAAAAAAAAACUUAAAAAAAAAUGAAGAAGAAAAAGAAAGUAUUUCCGCUUUGUAUUGUUUUUUUCUCUCUCUCUGUUCAGGUGUCUCGUCAGUUCGAAAAUACGUUCGACUGUCGAAUUAGUGGAAUUGUACAUUAAUUAAUCAAUUUACAUAAAAUAGUAGCCUUAUAAUAUUUUUUCCUCUAUACAUGUGAAGUAAAUAUUUUUUUUAAUUUUUAAAUCAAGUCUAUAGAAAUGUAGUGGUCUUGUAGAUCUGUAAGGUUGCGUCUCUAACUUUCCCAUUAAAACUAACCCCUCUCUCAAAAAGGAAAAAAAAA